CAAUGUUUGCGUUGCAGUCCACACCGGCCUUAGGAGCUGUAGUUGCACCAUGGUCUGGUUCAAUGAUUGACCGAUUGCCAUCACUAGAAGACAUGCCGCAUAAAGACAAUUUCAUUGCCAUGAGAAAUCUACCAUGUUUGGGUGUUACUAGUGGUGGCGGUGGUGGUGUCGGUAGUAUUGAAGGUUCAACGUCGGAUAUUGCAGCAGAUAAACCUACUGCUGUCAUGGAUCCAACUACCUUGGAAGCACCUUCAACGCCUCAUGCCUCAUCUUAUUUUGCCACCACCUACUACCAUAUUACAGAUGAUGAAUGUCAUAGCGGUGUAAAUCAAUUGGGCGGUGUAUUUGUAGGUGGUCGUCCUCUACCAGAUUCAACUAGGCAAAAAAUCGUGGAAUUAGCUCAUUCGGGAGCUAGACCGUGUGAUAUAUCGCGCAUAUUGCAGGUGUCAAAUGGAUGUGUUAGCAAAAUUUUGGGAAGAUAUUAUGAAACCGGCAGCAUAAGACCCCGAGCGAUUGGUGGUUCAAAACCUCGAGUCGCCACCGCUGAAGUUGUUGCCAAAAUCUCGCAUUAUAAGCGAGAAUGUCCUAGUAUAUUUGCGUGGGAAAUACGUGAUAAAUUAUUGCAAGAUGGCGUUUGUACAAACGAUAAUAUACCAAGCGUCUCUUCUAUAAAUCGCGUUUUGCGUAAUUUAGCCGCACAAAAAGAGCAGCAGCAGCAACAUACAAUUACCACGUCUGUGGCAUCUCCAGUGGACAAUAAUACAUCAACUAAUUCAAUAACAUCUACAAAUGACCUACUAACGGCGACUCCACAAAAUUCCAGCGACAGUGCAACAACAACAAGCAAAACCAAUCCUGUAGCGCUAUCGACGGACAUUGCUUUAGAUAUCAGCUGCUCAACCACGGACUCUAUGGUUUAUGAAAAGCUUAGACUCUUGAAUGGUCAUGCCGUACAUCAUAAUCAUCAACAUUUGCAAAGCCAUCAUCAAGCGAGGUCAUCGCAUCAUCACGCUUGGCCACCACGUCAUUACUCGUCAUCGUCAUGGUACACCCCACCUUUGAACUCGAAUAGUAAUUUAACAGCAACUAACCCAUCCAACACAUCAGCAUCAACAGAAACACCAGCAUUUCACAGUCAACAUCUAAGUCCGAGUUCAACAUAUUUACAUAAUAAUACAUGUUCGGCCAGUACAGAUGAUAAUAUAACUUUAAAAAAAGAAAUCGAUGGUCACAAUUCUGAUGAAACUGCUUCCGGCGAGGGCGAGAACUCAAAUGGCGGCAUAUCCAAUUUAGGCGCUAAUGAAGACGAUCAAGCCCGAUUAAUUUUAAAAAGGAAACUGCAAAGAAAUCGCACAUCAUUUUCUAAUGAACAGAUCGAUAGUUUGGAAAAGGAAUUUGAACGCACUCAUUAUCCAGAUGUUUUUGCAAGAGAACGUUUGGCUGGCAAAAUCGGCCUACCGGAAGCUCGGAUACAAGUAUGGUUCUCAAAUCGAAGAGCAAAAUGGCGCAGAGAAGAGAAAUUACGAAAUCAACGACGAACUCCCAAUUCGACUGGACCGGUCUCGUCGUCCACCACCAACUCUGCUGCAUCCCUGACUGACAGUCCAAAUGCCAGCAGUAUUGGAGGCAGUUCCACUGUGCCGCCACCGGUGUCAAAUAGCACUCGUAUGUUUUUUGACUAUUUUGGCUACGCCACGCACUCUACAGAUUCAAUGACGGAUUUGGCGUCACCAUCAGCAGCUGCCAACGGCUCUACGCCUUCAUUAACUCCCAGUACUGGGCACCAAGAUGCGGCACCAACUGAACACUUAGAGGGACCAGUUACUUCGCUGGUUCAUAACAAUAGAAGUGCUACUACUACAGCUUCCAACAGCGACCUUAGUCAUGGGCAAAGUAACAACAACAAUACUGAUCGCAGUAGUACCAAUAACAAUAACAACAACAACAACAUUUCCUGCGCAACAUCAACCACCAACACAGGUUUCAUACACUCGCUACACCACACUCCGGCGACUCCUCAUGCUCACAGUGUCAUGCACUCGGAAUCUCAUCUGGGCAGCAGUAUUUUGCCGACUCUCUCACCACAACGUCUAAAUUUAAAUAGUAGUUUCGGCCCAACCAUGCCAGCGAUAUAUCCAUCUAUGCAUCAUACUGCUAUGUCAAUGAGCGAUACUUACAGCUCUAUGGCCCCUAUGACAAGUUUUGCACAUUCACAUCCGUCUAUCACAUCUAUACCAGGUUCACCCAUUUCACAACCCAGAGAUCUAGUGUCACCUUCACUGUAUCAGUGUCAUGUUUCCCUAAGACCACCUGUUCCACCGAAUCAUCAUCACCAUCAUCAUCACGUUAUUGCCAAUGGAAGUUUUGGGGCUUCUUCGGGAAACGCAAGCUGCAACACGACAAGUCAACUGCAGCGCAUCGGGAGUGGUUCAUCGAACAGCACGCAAAAUCACAACACAGUUCAAAGUAGCUACGAUAGCUUAGAUGUAUAUUCCCAUGCUGUUGGUUUGCCGCCGCCAUCAACGACAUUGCCAAUACACCAAGGACUAACUAGUUGUACGGAUCGUCAAACCUCUUGCAGUCCCCAUGCAUCCAAUUUGAGUAAUAGCGUUGGCUACAGCAGCCACAGCGUAACAGUGCCAACCUCGACACCUACACCAUAUUCACAAAUGGGCUAUAACGGCUAUACCGCAGUUGCGGCCGCAGCAACCUGCAAUAAUUCCAAUAUCAGUUCUUCUCCCAUCUCACAUCCGACUACGGGUAAACAGCAGCAAUUUUUCGCUUCCUGCUUUUAUUCGCCAUGGGUGUAGA